AUGAAAAUAUCAACAAUCAGUUAUCAGCCAGAGACGGAUUUUAUAUACAAAAUUCCUAAAACGGAGGAAAAAAGACCACAAUUGCCUGUCUUUUGCGAAGUUGAAGAUGAGUAUGUCAAACCAGAAGACAUUCCCUUAAACAGAAGAAAUUUCGUUUAUACUCCAUGUUCUGGUAAUCCUCUUUUUGAAGAGCUUAAAUUUUCCACUACAGAGUAUGAUUUUAAUGGGGCUGGGUUUAGUUUGAUGGACAGAUCUGAUGAUCUUUUACUCUGCCAGGGCUCAAAUCGAACAAUUUGCGUUCCGGCUUCUUCUGGUUGGAGAAGCGGUAGAUGCGAAGCUGCCAUCAAAGAGGGUGCUUGUUAUUGGGAAGUUGAGAUAUGUAACGGUGGAUCACCUGCCAUUGAGGAGCCAACGUCGAUAAAAUCGCUGAAAGAAAAACUCAAUUCCACUCCACAUGUUCGUUUAGGUAUUUCAAGGCGCGAGGCAUCCCUGGAAGCCCCUGUGGGCUUUGACAGUUACAGUUAUGGUCUUCGAGACAAUUGUUUGGAAUCGGUACAUCAGGGAAAGCUCAGUCAGGUAUUACCGGUCCAGCAUUUGAAAGCUGGUGAUGUGGUUGGGCUUCUUCUUGUUUUACCCAGUGUUGAGGAACAAGCUUCGCAGUCUCGAGAAUACGUACAGAUCAAGAUAGAUGCUUUGGCAGAGGCUAGUCAUCGAGACCUUUCGCAGGCUAGUUCCGUGGAAAAUCCAAUAAAGCGCAAGACCAGAAUCAUGAAUCGCGAGUUUCAAAAAGCGCUACUUUUGGAGCAUGACACGCAAAAUGUGGUACGGGACCAGAUUGCCAUUCGUUAUAAAAAUCAGCUUUUUUUUGAAACUACAGACUACAUCAAGACCACUAAGCCCGAAUACUACACAUCCGACAAACGAGAAAGAGAAGAGUUCCACACAUUAAAUAACUCUUUCUUGAAAGUUUUCGUCAAUGGUCAAGAAGUCGGGAAGGCCUUUGAAAAUCUGAGACCCUUCCUGCCGCCCUUCAGUGAACUCAAAUACAACGAGAAGUUCUACUUUAAUUACUGGAGAAAUGGUACUGCUACAACAGAAACGCGGUCAGAAGCAAAAUCUGAGAAUUUGAACGAGCACAAGGAUUCCAGUCCUGGACUGGUAUCGAAUAAUGUGAUCCUGAGGAACAAAUACGUAAAUAACAGCAAACUGGGUUACUAUCCUACAGUAAGUUGUUUUAAUGGAGGAAAAGCCAAGAUUGCCACUUCCCAAGAAGAAAUGAGAUAUUUUGACGCAGUACAAAGGACCAUGGCUAAUGUAAUGACACCUGAGGAUCUAUUUGAACACCAAGUCGCCGACGACGUGGUGUGGGAUGUAAUAGAUGAGGUUGAAGCCGAGUUUCUGGCCGAUUGA